AUGUAUGAAUUACAAAGUGUUAUGUCUGAAAAAUAUGUUAUAAGAGUGAAGUGGGGAAAGUUUUUGGAAAUCCUGAAACAAAUUGUUUUAGGUGCCUUGUUCCAUGACAUAGGACACCUUGUGGGCUUAGAUCGGGGUCUGGAUCGCAUGGUUACGGAUGGAUUUGAUCUCGGAACCACUGGUCAUGAGAGGGUCGGUGAAGAGUUUUUAAUGCAAUUCGGGAUGCCACAAGAAGUAGUGGCAUUCGUUCGAGGUCACGUGGACGCCAAACGCUACCUGGUCUUAAAAGAUAAACUAUACUAUGACGGUUUGAGCAAAGCCUCUAAGCAGACCUUGGAACAUCAAGGCGGUGCCAUGUCGGAAGACGAAGCUAAGAAAUUCGAGAAUUCAGAGAAAUUUGCGGCUAUAAUCCGAAUGCGCCAAUGGGACGAACUGGCAAAGGACCCAGACACACCUAUUGAAUCAAUAGAAAAAUAUAAAGAAAUGUGUCGGAAAUAUUUAGAGCGAAAAUGUAUCGCACAUACGUGAAGCACAGAUUAUGCCGACGUCGUGUGGAAUAACAUGCAGUAUUGUGAUCGCAGUAUUUCAUUUCAACUUUACACUGAGGACCUAAUAUUUAUUUAGUAUUAGACCUACAACAUUUUAGGAUAAAGAAACAUACAAUAGAAAACCCUCCAAGGAUAACCAAAACGGAUCUCCAAAGAACAAGCAUUAGCAGAAAGCAAGAACUAUAAUUAAGCAAGAAACAAACAAGAUAAAUAAUAUAUUAGAUGGAGGAUGAUGAUGCGCGGCAUCUUCUUUUAUUAUUUAUUUAAAAAAUUCAUUUAUUGAGCGCUAUUUACAUAGCGUGUCAACAUCAAAACAAAACAACUGAUUAGAGCACAGUUACAAAAUGAAAACCCAAAACAAUUCAAACACAUUAUAACUCAUAACUGUUGUAAAACAAAAGAAAAGAAGAAAA